AUGAGAAACAUCUUCAAGAGGAACCAGGAGCCCAUUGUGGCUCCGGCCACCACCACUGCCACCAUGCCCCUUGUGCCCGCUGCGCCUGCCGACAACUCUACGGAGAGCACGGGCACUGGCGAGAGCCAAGAAGACAUGUUCGCCAAGCUGAAGGAGAAAUUCUUCAAUGAGAUCAACAAGAUCCCCUUGCCCCCCUGGGCUCUGAUCGCCAUGGCUGUGGUCGCCGGCCUCCUGCUGCUCACCUGCUGCUUCUGUAUCUGUAAGAAGUGCUGCUGCAAGAAGAAGAAGAACAAGAAGGAGAAGGGCAAAGGCAUGAAGAACGCCAUGAACAUGAAGGACAUGAAAGGGGGCCAGGAUGACGACGAUGCAGAGACAGGCCUGACAGAGGGAGAAGGCGAAGGCGAGGAGGAGAAAGAACCAGAGAACCUGGGCAAAUUGCAGUUUUCCCUGGACUAUGAUUUCCAGGCCAACCAGCUCACCGUGGGUGUCCUGCAGGCUGCCGAACUCCCUGCCCUGGACAUGGGCGGCACAUCAGACCCUUAUGUCAAAGUCUUCCUCCUCCCAGACAAGAAGAAGAAAUAUGAGACCAAGGUGCACCGGAAGACACUGAACCCAGCCUUCAACGAGACUUUCACUUUCAAGGUGCCAUACCAGGAGUUAGGAGGCAAAACCCUGGUGAUGGCUAUCUAUGACUUCGACCGCUUCUCUAAGCACGACAUUAUCGGGGAGGUCAAAGUGCCCAUGAACACGGUGGACCUCGGCCAGCCCAUUGAGGAAUGGAGAGACCUGCAGGGCGGAGAGAAAGAAGAGCCAGAGAAGCUGGGUGACAUCUGCACCUCCUUGCGCUAUGUGCCAACUGCUGGGAAGCUCACCGUCUGUAUCCUGGAGGCCAAGAACUUGAAGAAGAUGGAUGUAGGGGGCCUUUCAGACCCCUACGUGAAAAUCCACCUGAUGCAGAACGGCAAGAGACUCAAGAAAAAGAAGACGACGGUGAAGAAGAAGACCCUGAACCCCUACUUCAACGAGUCCUUCAGCUUUGAGAUCCCCUUCGAGCAGAUCCAGAAAGUCCAGGUGGUCGUCACCGUGCUUGACUACGACAAGCUGGGCAAGAACGAAGCCAUCGGGAAGAUCUUCGUGGGCAGCAACGCCACAGGCACGGAGCUGCGGCACUGGUCCGACAUGCUGGCCAACCCCCGGAGGCCCAUCGCCCAGUGGCACUCUCUUAAGCCUGAGGAAGAAGUGGAUGCUCUUCUGGGCAAGAACAAGUAGGCUACAGCAGCUGGGGCCACGCCCCCGAGGACACUGACGAGAUCCAGAGCUAUCAAUAC